AGCUGCAGGACGGGUCGGGACAGAGAACCGCCCCCCUCCAGGCUGCUCCGGGCUCCGGCUACAGCUGCAGCCAACACUCCGGACUCCAGCUCGACCGUUUGGACUUUUAACGCAGCGGAGAGAAAGUUUACGCAUCAAAGUUUGAUUCCGGAGCGCGCUGAAGAGGAUUCAAAGCAGACUGGAUGCUGGGACGUUUUCUUGGUUUUAAAUUGGUAUUUUCAGCUUUGGAGUUUCGGCAUGAAGUUUUUGGAUCACAUAACAAAUGUACUGUGGCCUAAAUGCGUGAGUCCGUGUAGAAACACGCUUUAAACCGACCCGUGCUGUGCAUGUUUUCGGUGGUGUCCCGCUAAGUGAGCGAUGAUUGAUUUGGAAAUGUCAGCGCCGCCGCUGCGCGCAGCUCCGCACACUCCAUCACCCCGGCGGGGCUGAGGGAAAGUAAGAAACCACCUGUUGUGAACGUUUCCUGGAGCUUCUCACGGAUAAACCCGAGCUGCUAAAACAAGACGCCGGAAAGAGCCGAAAGAGAGACGCACCGAGAGCGGAAUGCGGGUUUUACGCACGGAGCAGACGCAGUUUCUGAGAAGAGGCUCCUCUCUAAUGAGCGAUAAUCUCCACAGACGUCCCUCCAGCCUCCGUGUUGUGUGUUUGCAGUGAGCAUGUUGCCAUGGUGCCCCGGGCUCAGAUGAGCAGGACGGCGGAGCUCCGGUCGGGAUGGCUCGGGAGGACGCGGUGAGGUGUCUGCGCUGUCUGCUGUACGCGCUCAACCUGCUGUUCUGGCUGAUGUCAGCAUGUGUGCUGGGAGUGGCAGCGUGGAUCAGAGACUCCCUGAACACCGUCCUGACCCUGACAGCACACACCAGGUUGGAGGAAGCAGCCGUCCUCACAUAUUCUCCAGCUGUUCACCCCGUCAUCAUCGCCGUGUGCUGCUUCCUCAUCAUCGUGGCCAUGGUGGGAUACUGUGGCACGCUCCGAUGUAACCUGCUGCUGCUGUCCUGGUAUUUCUGCAGUCUGUUGGUGAUCUUCUGUGUGGAGCUGGCGAGCGCCGUGUGGACGUACGACGAGCCCUCAGUGCAGCGCUCUGAUAUGAUCAGUCUGAAGUCUCGGAUGCCAAACUACGGCCUGCAGCGUUACCAGUGGCUCACACACACCUGGAACAGCUUCCAGACAGAGUUUAAAUGCUGUGGGGUGAUCUACUUCACUGAUUGGCUGGAGAUGACAGAGAUGGAGUGGCCACCUGACUCCUGCUGUUCCAGUCCGUACCCAGGAUGUGCCCGACACGCCCACCACCACGACCUCAGUGACCUCCAUCAAGAGGGCUGCGGUCCAAAGAUCUACAGUUUUAUUCGAGGGACAAAGCAGCUGCAGGCGCUGCGUUUCCUGGGCGUGUCCAUCGGCGUGGCUCAGAUCCUGGCCAUGGCGCUCACGCUCACGCUGCUGUGGGCGCUUUAUUACGGGCGAAAGUCUCCAGAACUGGACUCCACAGCGCCGCCGCCGGGCGACUCCGCCCCCCUCAGCGUGACACACGGACCCUCGGCUGAAGCUCCACAGUCAGGCUGCCACCGCACAAAUAAAGGCUGUGAACUCCAGUUUGAGAUGGAGCGUCUGUCGUAGCGGCCGGCCGGCGGAGUCAGACGACGGUAAAAACAUUUUACUCAGCUAGAUCUGAGAACACAGUGACGGCACGAAAAAGAAGGUUCCAAGUAACCAAGACCCUACCUGGGACUCCAGGAGGGUCAGUCCACAUCAUAUCCGGCCUAACCAGGCUCGGCACGGUGGUACUGCUUCGCUUCAGGUCUCUAAUACCUGAGUGGAUCCAACAUGACUCGACUGGGUCUGUUUCAGACCAGGUCUGACUCGGAGUCCUUUUUGGGUCGGGUCUUUUUUGAAAGUCGUCUUCUGUUGGAUUUGACCAGUUUUCCAUCAGGUCCAGGAUUUGGACCCAUAGAGACCUCCACUGUAACUUUCUGGUUAUUAAAACAUAUUUAUUUUGCUCAGUGAAGGUUUGUUUCACUGAUUCAUUCACUUUGGGAAGGUUUCACUUUAAACGUUAAUUAAAAGCUGCGACACUUUGAAAUUCAUGUCAAACAAGUCGAUCAGUCAAAGAGCCGCUUGACUGAACAGCUGAAGGCGAAGCAGAGUGACAGUCACCUCUCAGGUAAGUGAACACGACACACCUUUAAAGGAGGUGUUACUGUAUUUCAGAAGGAGUUUGACCGUGUUUGCUUUCAGAAGGUUUUUCACAGGUCUGUUUCAGACCAGGAACAGUCUGCUGAAUUAGCUGUUAGCUCCUGUUAGCAGCUCCUGUUAGCAGCAUGACAACUCUCAGUCCUGCAGACUCUUCUUCUCUGGUCUCUGGUUUCUCAGUGGAUCUCUGGAGGUUUGUUCUGGAUCAUCAGAGAUAAUGAUCUCCACAGGAAGUGAAGUCACACUGAAUCAGAUCAGCAUGUGUUUCAUGUCUGUGUUCACAUCUGACUGAGAGAUUUUUGACCCAAACUGUGAAUCAAGCCUCCGUUUGAAACUUCUGCUUCAGUCCAACAGUGAGAAACACGAGAAGCCAGAUCGGACGAAACAAAACCUUUUAUCCAGAUUAUCUGAAGUAGUUUGAGGUCAAACUGAAAGUGAGCGCACCUGAAACGUUGCCACCUUAAUGGAGACCCAAACUCUCUGGAGCUCAUCUGGUGCUGCCAAUUCUCAGAUCUGAAGGUAUUUUUGCUGACAGGUUUGUUUCCAAUCUGUUGAUCUGCUGACUGCUCGAUGUGAUCACUGCGAUCACUGCGAUCUCUGUGAUCUCUGCGAUCACUGCGAUCACUCCGAUCUCUGCGAUCACUGCCAUCUCUGUGAUCACUGCCAUCUCUGCGAUCGCAGUGAUCUCAGUGAUCACUGGGAUCACUGUGAUCACAGAAGUCAGCUUGGUUGUUAUUACCAAUAGAAAUGACGGACAGAUCAGAGUUCAGGUAUGAACAGAGUUACGAGAUGAUUUGAGGAACUCUGUGACGAUGAAGAGGUACGAGGAAGAAGGCUGUAAAUGAGAAGCAUCAUGAACUCUAAGCGGAGCCUGAGUUGACGGAUUGUGGGUCUUGUUUUGGUUCUCAGUGGAUUUCACUGUGAGAACAUGAACUGAAGCUCUAAUGGGAACCAGCGUGUGACAGAAGAGGAACGGUCUUCUCUUCUUGAACUGUUGAAGCUGCGGUCAGCGGUGGAGGAUAAGCAGACAUGUUUAUCUGAGGAAAUGUGCAUGUGUUGAAUAUUUAAUGUCAGUUAUUGGAGUGUUUGAUCGUUUUAUCACUGGAAUAAAAACACAUU